ACCUAUUUUCAUAUAUGGCCGAAACGAAAAAGGUUGUCUAUUCUAAAGAGGACAACGGAAAAAAGUAAAAGUUCUGUCACGACUAGUGUCACGGGUUGAUAUUAAUACCCAAUAAUACUUGCCAAGUUUUUUAGGAUUAUAUUGUUACGAUUGAUAAAUAAUGAUUCAUAGCCACCCGACCUCGAUAUUUUGUAUCAUAGCUACAGAGUUUUGUGAAAGAUUUUCAUUUUGUGGAUUGAGAACUAUAUUGUCUUUGUACCUGCGAAACGUGUUAUGCCUUCACGAGAACGCGGCCACCGUAGUCUAUCACAUAUUUAUAAUGAUGUGCUACACUAUGCCGCUUAUGGGAGCCAUCUUGGCCGAUAAUUUUAUUGGAAGAUACAGAGUGAUAUUAUACUUUUCUAUAAUAUACCUCCUUGGAACCGUGUUGACUUGUUGUUCUGCGAUACCGCCGCUGAUGCUGCCGCCAACGACUACGUCCAUGAUCGGGCUGUUGUUGAUAGCGACCGGUACCGGUGGUAUAAAGCCUUGUGUUGCUGCAUUUGGAGGAGACCAGUUUCGUCUCCCCGAAGAGAACCAGCUCCUUCAAAAGUUUUUCUCCACGUUCUACUGCACGGUGAAUCUGGGCGGGUUCAUGGGCAUGGUAGUGACGCCAGCCCUGCGCAGGAGUGUCAUGUGUUUCGGUGAUGACGCCUGCUACGCGCUUGGAUUUGGAUUCCCGGCUUUAUUGGUGCUUAUUUCUAUUAUAAUAUUCGUGGCUGGCAAACCGUCGUAUAGAAUAAAACAGCCCCGUGAUAACGUUACAUUGAAGUUUAUAUCUUGUGCUUGGUACGCGAUCACCAAACGCCUGAAAUAUAAUCCGGAGUCAGAUGGCAUGCCGCGAGACCAUUGGCUGGACUACGCCGUCGAGAAGUAUGGAGAGAAACUGGUCGCGGAUAUGAAAGUCGUUUUCUCCAUCCUCUACCUCUAUCUACCAGUGCCUAUAUUCUGGUCAUUGUUUGAUCAACAGGGAUCCCGAUGGACGUUCCAAGCGUCAAGACUUCGUAGCGAAGUGUUCGGUGUGACGCUGAUGCCUGACCAGCUGCAAGUGAUGAACCCUGCAAUGGUGCUGCUGAUGAUCCCGGUCUGCCCUGGAGGAGCCUGGCCUCUCUUACCAGAUAUGCCUCCACUACAGAAGAUGUUCAUCGGCGGGAUGUUGGCUGCGUUGGCAUUUGUUUCCGCUGGCAUCUUGCAAAUUGGGAUUGAGAGAUCUACUCUGCAAGUUCCUGGUAAUCGUCAAACGGGACUGGUUAUUAUGAAUACCCUUGGUUGUCAAGUGGACGUGGCGAUUCGUGGCGAAGGCAUAGCAUCGGUCGACCAGCACGGCACAGCUCUCAUGACGCCGUUACCGCACCGCAUGCUCAUUGUGACUGCCACUAGCCCAGUCAACUGCGCAGGAAGGGUUAUGAAGAAACACGUCGCUAAGAAAGAAUUGAUAUCUGUGGCUGGAAUGUUUAUGCCCGUCGUUAUUGGCCAGAACUCCGACGAUCAAAUAGGGUUGUAUUUUAUGGACCCUAAUCCGUUCGUGAAGUCUUUGACUGGGAAACCGAAGCUGAAGGUGGUAUAUGUUGGAGAAACAGGGCCAAACAAAAACGUUUCGAUUGCUGUUGAAACUGAGAAAAGACUGAGUGAUAUUUAUUAUGUGUCGGAUGCUCCGGUCGAUCAUAUCGGGGAGUCUGCUUACAUGUGCCUACAGCCUGGCAAGUUCAGAUGGCGAGCAUUAAGCGCGGAUGCAGAAAUGUCGGGCUCUGGUGAGGGCUACCUGCGCGCUGGUGGCGUGUAUGUGCUAUGUCUACGGGAACGCCUCGGGAGGCUCGAUGCCGCGGUACUCCACGCGCCGAACCCGCCGAACGAGCUCCAUCUUGCCUGGAUAGUACCGCAGUACCUUCUCGUCUCGGUCGCCGAAAUCAUGUUUGCUGUUUCUGGACUCGAGUUUUCAUUUACCCAGGCACCGAAAAGUAUGAAAACUAUUACGAUCGCUGCUUGGUACGUUUCUGUGGCAUUUGGAAAUUUGAUUGUCAUCCUAGUGGCACAGACGAAGAUAUUUCAAUCGAGGGCGACGGAAUUUUUCGUUUACGCGGCCAUGCUGGGGAUAGCCAUGUUGAUCUUCCUGAGGAUGGCUCAAGACUUCCAUUCAAGGAACAUCGACGCGGACGGGUCUUCGUCCGAAAGCCGGCCAUUGUUGCACCACCGAUCUAAAGUAAUAUCGGUGCAUUCAUUGUCGACUUCGAGCACCCGUGCUUUUGGAGGUACCGGCAGCAGUGCGGCCUCGUGUCUUGGGGUCAUGGAGCGCGCUAGGCCCGCGGCCUGGCCCGCGCGGGCCUACGUGCAUCUCGCCACGCCCAGCACCGGCGAACCAAAGGCCACUACUCUAGCACAGGAAUAAUAGAAUCAUCAUCACCAUCAUUAUAGACAUAGACUCCCCAAUAGGACGCCAUCAAGAUCUUUCUUCGGCUUCUCGCAUCCAGCUCCUGUCAGCCAUCUUGCACAGAUCAUUACUCCAACGUGCCUGAAGACGUCCUACACUAUGUUAAAAGGGCUAUGCUCAGCGUUUGUGUACGGGUCAGAAUCAGAAAUCAGGUGAUCCGGUGAGCCCACUAGAUCAGCAAACUGAAGUGGCAGUAAUAUAAGAUUCAGUCAAAAUUAUUAUGUUUUAUUAGUGAGUUUUUGGAAUGAAGUGUGGUUCGUCGAAAUAAUUAUUCAUAAUGCCAGAAUUAUUUAGUAAUCUAUCCUCAGGCAAAAUAGGCAUAGGUUUAUCCGUGUUCCAGCAAAUAUUUGGCAUUACCUACUAGGUGCAUUGGAUUUGAUAGUAUAUAAAUACUAAUCAAAUUCAAAUUAUAUUUCGAUACCUAUUUUAUGCACUGACCUCAUGGCCUGUCGCAAAGUUUUCCAACGUUAAAUUGUCGAAUAGCUGCUAAUAGCCCAGAGAAGCUAGUGCUUGCAUUUAGUGGCCGUGUUUUAAUAAUACUUUCUACGCGGUUUUACGGUUAAACUUUUACCUUAAUUUUAUAUGUAUUCUUUUGGGAGAUAAAAUGUUCUAGAAAAUCUUUUCGUUACGUGCUCCAGCAAUUAUGUAGUGGCGUAAGAAUUUCUAGGGUUCCCUAUUAUGCAAGCACGAAUGGGGUCUUUACAAUGUAACUCGGAUUUCCUCUCGACACCGGCGGUGGUUGGCUUUACUGUAAUAAUAUGUGGGAUUUUGCAUAAUAGCUCCUUUUAAUACAAAUUUGAUACGAAAAUGUUCAGAAAUGAAUUUAUUAUUUCUUGGCUGUGAAUUAUUACGGCGUGAAUAACACCAAUGGAACAAGAAACACAUCGUUAUUAUACAAAGACUAUUCGCAAUAUACCUGUUGCUUUUUUGAUAUUAAAUCAUUCGAUAAAUGGAAUUAAAACUAACAGAAAACAUUCUCCAUAUUAAACCUUUAUUCUUUAAAGGUUACACAAACCGCAGCGGUCUACAUAAAUGUUUUACAUAUCACUUUUCUUUCUGCUACAUUCUUGCUUUUUGUACAUGCAAGCUCGCUAAUAUAAAGGUGGCCAUUUUAUUAUUUAAAUCCGCAGAAAUACGCUUACCGCGUCAGAUUGUCAAUUUAAUUUAAAGCCGCUUUUGUUUAGCAAUUUAGUUCAAGACUUACACAAACGAUUCGCAACUAAUGUAGAGGCAUACAGACUGCAGUAAUUCAUCAUUUUAUAACUAUUGAAUUAAAAAGUUAUGGUUAUGAAAAAAGUCGUACAUAAACUCCGUAAACGUUACCUUUUUUGUCAAUCAUUUUAAUAAUUAACGCAUGGUACCUAUUCCAUUAUAAAAUCGAAUUUGUACAUCACAUAUUUCCAAAACAAUAUGGUUUUUUACGCAUGAGCAGAAAACUGUCGAUGAUAACAAUUAGUUGUAAUCUCGUGACGUCACUUAACAGUAGACUAUUUACUGGCAAGUGACGUAACCUCCCCUUAAAACCUUUCCUUCGUUUUUUUUUCAAAAUGAAUUCAAAUGAGCGAUAUAUUUUUAAAAUCUCUCCAAAGGUCUACUUCUUUUUUCAAUACAGCACCCGCACUGCUGUGCCAUUGUGAACAUGAUUUUAAUUACUAUUGUCAUCAAAUUAUAUUAGGGGUUUAAGCCUUUGCCAUGUCUAUUUUGAAGUGUGUGUGGCAUUCAGUACAUAAUACGGAUUCACACAGAAAUAUUAAUUAGAAUAAUACUGGUAUUUUGAACAAUCAGUUAUUCAACAUAGAUUAUGAGAACUUUGGUAUUGUCAUGUAUUUUAGUAAAGAUUUUAUAUUUUGAAAUUCGAUUUCUAAUAUUGUUGGUUAGGUAUAUCUGA